AUGAACGCCCAACCAGAUCCCUCACAUUCUAUCAGAGCCAUAUCUGUCAAGAAUCACACGCAUUCCCUCGCCAUGGACGACGAUGACGCAAUAUCUGCUAUCUCCAACGAGUGGUCGAUAGCCCUGCUCGAAAGCAGAGACGUUACCCACCAGGUUGGAUUGGCGGCCAUCAACAACCACACCGGUCGAAUUACGCUCACACAAAUCGCUGACUCGGUGACUUAUCUCAAGACUUUGCAUCAUAUCAGCUUACGCGGGUGUGCUGUUGACACGCCUUGCACUAUUUUGGUGUGCAAUACGUCUGUCGGGAAGACUUCUACAGACCAGUCGUCAAAGAGCCUCCUUGUCGCAGAGCUGCUGGAGACUCACAAGCCUGUUAACAUCAAAAGCAUGCAGAGAAAGCAAUUCAAUGAUGUCAAGGGUUUGGAAGACAUUGAGCGAUUCAUUGUGGAAGACGCCCAUAAAGAUGCUGCGCUAAUGAUUUUAAGAGCGAAGUACUAUGCUAUAGCCGCUGCAUCCGCACUAUUUAGCUAUCUCGAGUCUGUACAGGCAGUCAUAUACUCUCCGCACUCGCUCAGCAUCACCUACCAAGAACAUGAAGGCACAAUGUUCAUCGAAUCACAGACCGCAAAAGACUUGGAGCUGACUAUGAGCGCUACAAACACUAAUGGCGUCACAAUGCUGAGCCUUCUUGACAGCUGCCAUACUCCAAUGGGUAAACGCCUGCUCAAAUCUUCAAUUCUGCAACCGCUUUCUGACAGAGUCAUCAUCGAGAACCGCUUAAGUGCAGUGAAAGAAUUGGUCGAGAAUGAAGACAUUCUAUAUUCCAUUCAAACAUCCCUCAAAUCGCUCAAAAAUAUUGAUGUUGAUAAGGUGCUGAUGGCAGUUUCGAAGAAUGAUAGUAAGACAGUCUCACAAGAUCAAAACAUCGAAAAGCGCAUCAGCCAGCUUUUGACUAUGCGUUCUAUCAUACAUGCUCUCGCAAAUGUUCACGCAGCACUGGAUGGCGCGACGUCAUUACUAUUGAAAAAAUUGCGAGACGUCAGCUCAUCGGUGUCUAUCUACCCGAUCCGACAUAUUUUUCAGGAUCUUUAUGACGAUGCUUUUGGUCAAGUAGUCGCUGCUAUUGAUAGAAACAUCCAUGAAGACGUUAAUAUGGGUCGAUGUGGUGGUCUGUUAGCUCGCAAUGCUAAAAUUUAUGCCAUUAAGGCCAAACAAUGUGAGCUGCUUGAUGUUGCCAGAGAAACAUACAGAGAGAACUUAGACGAUUUGUUUGACGUAACGGGUCAAUACGCGCAAACUUAUGAUCUUCCAAUCACAUGUAUCUACAUCAACAACUCAUUCAGCAUGACACUCAAGACAUCCGAUCUUGGUGAUGCCGAUCUGCCGAAAGAGUUUAUCAAUAUUGCAAAGUACGGCGCGAAAGUCAAAGCCAAAAACCCGUCAGAGAACAACGCAAGUAGGAUUAGAUUCACCUCUAUCGAUCUCCUGAAACGCAAUUCAAGGAUAAACGAUUGUCUCAAGGAGGUUUACAUGCUUUCGAGGGAAUGUGUUUUGAGCAUCAGAGAUGUGGUCGUUGAGGCUCUAUCGUCAGUAUAUAUAGCGAGCGAUGCUGUCGCUAUGCUCGACUUGCUGUUGUCGCUCGCCAGCGCUGCUAUAGUUCAUGAUUAUGUCAAGCCUAAAUUUACCGACACCUUGGCGAUCAAGUCAGCACGACACCCACUGCUCGAGAAGAUCGAGUCAGAAAAGCUGGUCUCCAAUGAUGUGUUUCUUAGCGACUUUGGUCACUUCCAAAUCAUUGAAGGUCCAAACAUGUCAGGUAAAUCAUCGUUUCUGCGCAUGGUGGCUUUGAUCCUCGUUAUGGCUGGUCUCGGUAGCUACGUACCCGCAGAUUACGCAAGCAUAAAGUUGAUGGAUAGCAUACUAUCGCGUCAAACCAACAACGACAUACUCGAACAAAAUCUAUCAACAUUCGCACACGAGAUGGCCACAGUAUCGCUUAUACUCAGCGCCUCGACCUGCAACACUCUAGUAAUACUAGACGAAAUAGGACGAGGAACGACUCCAUCCGAGGGCUUUGGCAUAGCUUACGCGAUCGCCGAAGAGCUUAUUCGUCGCAAGUCAUUUGCUUUAUUUGCUACGCACUUCAGACAGCUUUCCACCUAUCUUCAAUUCAUGCCUGGAGUCGUCACCUUGCAUUUGACUACUGAGGUAAACCCAGCGAAUGAAAUGGACUUCCAAUACAAAGUUGUCGAGGGUAGGUCUAAUGAGCAGCACUAUGGACUGCAACUCGCCAAGACUGCAGGACUGCCUGUCGAGGUUCUGAAUGAGGCGCGUAGGAUUGUUGGCGAAUUGUCAAAUGAAGACAAUGCACAAGAUAGUUGCAGGGUGAUCGUUCAAGCACGUAAAAUUGCUACUCGCAAACAGACUAUUCUCUCUAUUACAGCCAAAUUGCGCCAGAUUUGCAGCAAUUGUUCUCUGAGCUACGAAGAUUUGAUGGCUUUCAUAGCAAGACUGCAGCGUGAACUGGUUCUUACUCUUGAGAGUACUGGCUUGGGUGAUAGCGAAGCUGUAGACAAUGAAGAUGUGGAUGAAAGUGAUGCCAUUGAGGAGGACGUGGAAGAUAAGAUUGAUUCGAACCAGUUUGAUGAUGCUAAGAAUGCAAAUGAAAUAUUUGAUGACGGCAGCUCAUCGAUUUCAUACGGUCUCACUAGCUCCCCGAUGUUUAUAUCUGAGGAAGAGGACAACUAG